GGGGUGUGAUUUCCUCGCCAUAAGUAAACAGAAGCGCUAUUUCUCAGCAGCAUAAUAGCAAUAGCACUACAGGAAGCGAUGACGGCGUUUCCUUCAUAAGGGAGGGGAAGAAGAGCACAUACACACACUGACUCCCAACCUCGCUUUCUGCACAGAGAGAUAAAGCGAUAGCGACAAAUAUUCAGGAGACAGGAAGCGGAAAACAUGGAGAAACAGGCGUGUUCUGGCUCCGAGAAUCCCGCGAUACCUACAGUACCGAGAAAGCCGCGGACUCUGGGAGUAAACAUCGCGGCUCGACGAGACAGCAGCGACUCGGCAGACAGCCCUACAGGCUCUCAUGUUGAAUGGUGUAAACAGUUGAUCGCUGCCACAAUCUCCAGCCAGAUCUCAGGCUCCUGUAUUCCUGAGGUUGUGAGCCGUGACUGCAAGAUUGGGUGGAAGCUAGAGAAUAGGGUAUCCAAGAGGCCUAAUUUAAGGCAGGCUUUUAAAGACAUGCAGAGGCCAGUUCCCAUGGACGAAGUUCCACUAGUCCCUGGGGAGAGCAUUAAAAUAACUGCUAAAGAUGUGAUGUAUAUCUGUCCGUUUACUGGAGCCGUGACAGGCACGCUCACAAUCACCGACUACAAGCUUUACUUCAUCAGUCUUGAGCGGGAUCAUCCCUUUGUGCUCAAUGUGAAUUUGGGGGUGAUAAGCCGGUUGGAGACCAUCAGUGUUCAGAGUCAUGGGGAGAACACGCAGGGAAUGGAGAUCGUCUGUAAGGACAUGAGGAGUCCGAGGUUCGCCUAUAAGAAGGAGGAACAGAGUAAACUGGAAAUUGUGGAGACGCUUACCAAAUGUGCCUUCCCAUUGUCCAACGAUCUGCCCCUGUUUGCUUUCCAAUACAAGGAAAAGUAUCCAGUAGAUGGAUGGAAGGUUUAUGACCCAGUAUCAGAGUAUAAGAGAAUGGGUCUGCCCAAUGAAAGUUGGACUAUAAGUAAGAUAAACAGUAACUAUGAAGUGUGUGACACGUAUCCUGCUCUCCUGGUCAUCCCAACUAGUAUCAAAGACGACGAGCUUAAAAGAGUAGCGGCUUUUAGGGCCAAGCAUCGCAUACCGGUCCUCUCUUGGAUCCAUCCUGAGAGUCAGGCCACGAUUGUGCGCUGCAGUCAGCCGUUGGUGGGCCCCUCGGACCGCCGCUGCAAAGAGGACGAGCGCUACCUGCAGACUAUAAUGGACGCCAACGCACAGUCACACAAGCUGACCAUAUUCGACGCAAGGCAGAGCAGUGUCGCUGACACUAAUAAGGCUAAAGAUGGUGGCUAUGAGAGCGAAAGCUUCUAUCCCAAUGCGGAACUGAAUUUCUUGGAGAUUCCCAACAUCCAUGUGAUGCGGGAGUCUCUGCGCAAGCUGAAGGAUGUGGUCUACCCCACCAUAGACGAACUUCACUGGCACUCUGCCAUAGAUGCCACGCACUGGCUGGAGUAUAUCAGGCUGUUAUUAGCAGGUGCAGUGCGUAUAGCAGAUAAGGUUGAAUGCAGUAAGAGCUCGGUGGUGGUGCACUGCAGUGACGGCUGGGACCGUACGGCUCAGCUCACCUCUCUGGCCAUGCUGAUGCUGGACUCGCACUACCGCACACUCAGGGGCUUCCAGGUGCUGAUCGAGAAGGAGUGGAUCAGCUUCGGACACAAGUUCGCUUCGCGUGUCGGCCAUGGAGAUGAGAAUCACGCCAACUCGGAACGAUCCCCUCUCUUUGUGCAGUUUAUCGACUGUGUGUGGCAGAUGAUGAGACAGUUUCCUUCUGCUUUUGAGUUCAACGAGCUUUUGCUCAUCACCAUCCUGGAUCACCUCUACAGCUGCCUGUUUGGUACAUUCCUCUACAGCAGUGAGCAGGAGAGAAUGGAAAAGGAAGUACAGGGUAAAACGAUGUCACUGUGGUCCUACAUUAACAGUCAGCCAGAAGACUUCACUAACCCGUUCUAUGUGGACUAUAAAAACCAGGUGCUGUAUCCACUGGCCAGUCUCAGACAUCUGGAGCUCUGGGUGGGUUAUUAUGUGCGCUGGAACCCACGCAUGAGACCACAGGUGCCGGUCCAUCAGAAUUUGAAAGAGUUAUUAUUUUUGCGUGCUGAGCUGCAGAAGAAAGUGGAGGAGCUCCAGAGAGAGGCCACGUCAUCCCGCUCCAUCUCCUCAUCCUCAGAGCAUACUUCUCCCUCCUCACGUAGUGGUACACCACUUCACACUGCCGUCUAAACACACACACACACACACACACAUUUAAGAGCACAUACUGCCUUUACUCAAUGAAUAUACUCUCAGGCACAAUUAGGGAGUGGAUGAGUAUGAAGCGGGCACAAACACACACACACAUUCCUGUUUGCAUUUUUAUUUUUAACUAUAGAGAAGUAACCUAGUGUCGCAUUUUAUAAAACCUUUUUUUUUUUUUUUUUUUUUUUUUUUAUAAACCGAAAAAUGUCUCUUGGAAUGAUAGUCAUCAUGUCUGCAGCAUGAAUUCAUAGUAUUUACUAUCUAGUAUUUGACCUGUAAAUAUGAAAAAAAAAGAAGUAUUAAUAUAUUUGUACUUACAUGUCAUGUUCAUCUUUCCCUGUGGCCUCAUUUGCUCCUCUGUGCCAACUCCCUUUCAUGUUUUAAUAUUUCAAUACAGUUUUUAGCUACUUGAAGGUUUUUGAAUCAUUCUUCUAUUUUUGUAUUGUAUUAGUUACUUUCUAUUUUAUCUCCACUCUGUCAUCACACUGAAGCUUGAUAGUUAUGUCAGUAUUAUUCAUUUCUCAUAGACCUGCCUUUCACCUUGCUAAUAUAUGGAAGCACUGAAUAAAUAGUCAAUUUGUCA